AUGAAUUCUCUUGUACAAAUCACGAUAGUCUUGACUGCCUUGGUAAGUUUGUUAUUCCGCGUCAAAACUUUAUUAACGUCCCAUUAUAAAAUUUGGAUUUUUUAUUUAUUACUUCUUUUAACAGUGCAUAAUAAUAUACUGUUGACUUUGUUAUUUAAAUAUUUUUCAGUUAUUGGUGGAGAAUACUGACGCUCGAAAAGGUAAUUGGAAAGCAUCAUUUCGAACUUUCAGUUCUUUACACUGUUUAUCAGUUUCCCGCAUGAAAUGAAUAUUUCACUUAGUAUAAUACUCAAGCCGAAUAGUAUGAGAAAAAUCAGGGGUGCAUGACUUUAUAAUAUGGUAACUAUAGGUUUACUUGGCUGCAUGCAUGUAGCUAUAUAUGCAUGCUAACUAUACGGUGAGUUGCACUCAAAUGAGACAGCGCCGCAUAUAAUUAUGGAGGCGCAGAUAUAUAUAUUGGCGAAAUGCAAGGGAGCAAAAACUGAAUUGCGCAAUUAUAUAGAAUUUACAUAUACAAAAUCAUACAAUAAACAAGAUAACAAUACUCAAUGAAAAUAGAUUAGUAAAUCGAAAUCAACUAGUAUAAUUUUACAUCGCUAAGUCACUGUGUCAAUUAAACUAAUUAACCUUGUGUAAAUGCAAAUAUUUGACUCAUUCGCAUUCCCGUACCAUGUGUCAAAACCACUGAUCUGAAAUAAGACUGGAUAAAGCCUCCUAUUGAAUUCAGUAAUCAGAUUUUGAGGGCCAGAAUAUUUUAAUGAGAUUAGACCUAUAAAUCAGUCAAAUCACAAUCAAAUUCAUGACCCGAGUCUAAUCGUUUGCUGUUUAAGCCUGCUUCGCCAAUGUGACUUGUGAAAUAUAGCUUCUAAAACCUCUUCGAAGUAGUUUUAGAACGUUUUAUACACCACAUAAUGAGGCUUAUGAGUUAUGGUGGCCAUGCAUAUUUGAUGGCCCCAUUAGUUAUUCACCGGCAAAUUUAGGAAAAAAGAGAGGCUACUGAUGAUAAAUUCUUAUCUAGGCAACAUUUGUCAUUCCCCACUACUCGCUAGUGACUAGAAACGUAAAGGAAGAGUUACAUGUCUACGACACCAGAUUAGAUGAAUGGUGGGGCCAUCCAAUAUGGCCGCCAUUGGCUUCACUUAUGCACAGCAGAUGCUUUAUCCAGUCUUAUUUCGGAUCAGUGCAUGUAGAAUAUAAACAAAUGUAGAAUAGAAAUGAUACGAAAAGUAUAAACCUUCUUUUCGGCGUUUCAACGGCUGAAAACCAUGUUGUUAUAUGCACAGGAAGAGCAUUGGGUUUUGGUGGCGGUUUCUCUGAGGCCUCUGAGACUGAUCAUGAGAUCGUGGGUUCGGUUCUCGCCGAAUCAUUGCAUUUUUUCAUGCACCCAUUCUAUACAUAUGCACGUCCACAGUUCAGUUGCGAUAUAACUUAUAAG